AUGGACGCCCUCAUCUCGUACGAUUUACUCGGAACAAGACCCAAUCCGGCAGCGGGUUGCGUAUACUGGAUCAUUUACCUUGAAUCUCGAUCCGAACAAGAAGACGCAUUUUCAAGCGGCCAGUCCGCUAGAUCGACGGAGAUUCAGGAACGACCGCUUGGCAGCAUGAGGCGCAGUCCAUUCCGGGCACAUGAUGCCGGGGCGGCCUGGCAUACAGGCCCGCUAUUCGGGGUCAUUACGGCUGAAUUGACUAUCAACACAAUGCCUUCAAUACUCAGACUGAAUGCUCUUUCCUUGGUCGCCGCGCUCUCUGCGACGACCGUUGUUGCUUAUCCGCCUUUCAAAGGGCAAGUCGUCUCAAGAGCCGGUGAAUUACUAGCAGAGUACGACUACGUUGUGGUUGGUGCCGGCGCAUCGGGUCUUACAGUUGCCAACAGGCUGUCAGAGGAGCCGAGCAUCAACGUGCUCGUCAUCGAAGCUGGAGACUUUGACAAUAAUGAAGAUUUCGUGACAAUACCGGGCCUUGCCGGUGGUGCGGUAGGCACAAAAUACGACUGGAAUGUUUCAUAUGCCGCAGAUCAGGGUCUUGGUGGCCGCGUCGUUCCUAUCCCUCUUGGUAAAGUGGUUGGCGGAUCGACGAAACUGAAUCGUAUGGUCUUUGAUCGCGGUUCGAAGUCAGACUACGAUGGCUGGGAAGGUCUGUCCUACAAGGGUUGGAACUUUGCAAGUCUGCUUCCAUACUUCAAGAAGAAUGAGAAGUUCACACCCCCAACCGCGGAGAUUCAAGCCGAGUAUGACAUCAAGUACAACCCGGAGUUCCACGGCGACAAAGGGUACAUGCAAUCAACGUACUCGCCGUUCUUUUGGCCUACUACGAAGAACAUCGUCAAGGCCACACAGGAGCUCAAGAUCCCCAUCAACGACCAGGCGACUGGCAACGCGAUUGGUGGAUACUACUGCCCUCACAACCAGGACCCCAAGACUGUGACUCGUUCUUCCGCCAAGGAGGCUUACUAUGCUUCUGCCGCCCAACGCAAGAACUUCCAUCUGCUCCCUGGAAACCAGGUCACUCGCAUCGUGACUUCCACUGUCAACGGCGCCGUCAAAGUCAAUGCUGUUGAGUUUGCCACAUCCGCUAGCGCUGAGCGCAAGACUGUCAAGGUCAAGCAGGACGCCAUUCUUGCUGCUGGCACCAUCCACACCCCUCAGCUUCUCCAGGUUUCGGGUAUCGGCGAGUCAUCCCUCCUCAAGUCUAUCAAUGUCCCCCAGGUUGUCGACCUUCCCGGUGUUGGCUACAACCUCCACGAUCAUGUCCUGCUUGCCGUGGUCAACGUUCUCAACACCACUGUCCUCCAAAACACCCUGACUAGCAACACCACCUUCGCAGCCCAGGCUAGGCAAGAAUACGACUCUCAGAAGAAGGGUCCCUUGACUUCUCCUACUGCCGACUUCGUGCUCUUCCUACCUCUGACGACUUACUCGAACGCUUCCCAGGCCAUCAUCACCCAAGCUAACGGUCUAGGCAUCGGAGCCUCUUUGCCAGUCAACACACCCCGCGAGGUCACCGAUGGCUACGCCGCGCAACAUGCCCUUUUGACCAAGAAGCUGGCUGCCAAGGACUCUGCUGUCCUUGAGCUUAUCUGGGCAGACGGUGUCAUGGUUCUCGGUCUUCAGCACCCUUACUCUCGUGGUAGCGUCAAGGCAUCCUCAUCAAGCGUUUUCGACGCCCCGAUUGCCGACGCCGGCUUCCUCCGUAACCCAGUCGAUGUUGCCCUCCUACGCGAAGGCCUCCGCUUCACCCGCCAUCUCGCUCAAGCCCCCAGCAUCACUGAACUCAACCCAUUUGAGGUUGUUCCCGGAGCCAACGUGACCGCUGAUGCAGACAUUGACACUUUCAUCCGCGCCAACGCUGCUACCUUGUUCCACCCCGCUGGUAGCUGCAAGCUCGGACCCAAGGAGAAGGGAGGUGUUGUUGACAAAGAUCUCAAGGUUUACGGUGUCCAAGGUCUGAGGAUCGUGGAUGCUAGCAUGAUGCCCAUGCUGCCUGCUGCACACACAAUGACCACAGUGUACGCUGUUGCUGAGAGAGCGGCGGAUAUCAUCAAGCACUCAAAGGCUUACAGGGCUGCUCGCCGGCACUAG